ACGCGUAUUGAACGUGUCAAUAUGGCCGUUGCCGCCAAAAUGUUCGUUGAUAAAAACAUUGUGUAUUUAAUGUACCCAGUUUAAUUUUUUUUUGCGAUUAAGUAAUAGAAAUUGUGUUAUAUUUUAUGUAUUGGUAAUUAGUUGAAUAGUAAGAAAAGUUUAUUUGCAAAUUUGUUUGAUCGUCUAAAAGUUUGUUGGCCGUAAAUCUUCGGAUUCAGGUGGAAAAAAUUGUCAAGUGCAUAAAGUGGUAGUUUUUGGUUUUUUACGAGGUUGUUGGAACUUAAUUGGACUAAUUCUUUGUUUGGUUGGACUAGUGCAAUUGGACUAACUGCCAAAACAGAUUUCUGAAUCGUUUGGUCGAGAGAAAAGUGGAUAUUAAAACAUCGCCAUGGAUUCCGAAAGUCGGAGCGAAUCGGCUUUGAACAGUCCGACGGAGCCGGAUGUAUCGCUGGCCGCCUCCCUAACCGACCCUCUUGAAGCUCACACUCUGGAUGAGGCGCGGCGAACCAUAAGAGAUUUGCGCAUGAAGUAUCGCGCUCAAGCCCACCAACUGAUGACAUGGCGUCGCGCACAUCGCACCCAGGAAGAGUUAGUGACGCGUUUGCAAAGGGAGAAAGCGGAACAGUUGAAGUCACUGUCAAGUCAACUUCUACUCUUCGAGUCGAGGCUGGUUCGAAAGCAGAAAGAGAUAACCAACAUGCUCGCGCUCAGAGAAACCAUUAUAAUGAAACAGCAAAAAGUCAUAGAGACGUUGCAAUCAAAGCUGCACGAAAAUGGAAUAGAACUUGCUCAACAGAUUCCAGAUUUUCGUGACAUGCUUCAAGAUACACAUAUUACUGGCGAUUUCGAUUCAUUGAACGACUCAGAUUCUGCUGUCAUAAUGGAAGACGUAGAUUCCGACUGCAGCAAUCUACCGCUCGUGCCGAGGUUCAGGUCUACGAAUCCUGACAGUGUUACAGUAGUUCGAUCCAUUUCAGAUGCCAUAGAUCCAAACAUCAAGUACAGUGUUGUUAGGCGAUCAAACGGAUUUCUUCGAAGGCCCGAAAUACUAGAAACUGUAUACAGUGUAGAGGAAGAAGCCGAUGGAGAUUCUACAAAGGGUUUAAGUGCACAGAACAGCACCGAGAAAGAAUUGAAAGAUAUGAAUAAAACUGACGAACAGAAGUACAAAGAGACUAAUAGUCUACUUGCACAAAGACGGGACAACUUUAGAAUGAGAAGUGUCGUAUUGACUGCAGAAGUCAAGAGCAUAGAUUCUGAUAAAGAUGUACCUAAGCCCAAAGCUAAAGAAGUGUGGUCCUAUACUUAUGUGCCAAAAAGGAUGAUGCCGGCGAACGAUUCAGACGAAGAAGUAACUUCCAACGCCGACAGCGAUGAAGGUGAACAGGAGUCGAGGUCGAACCCAGUGGUGACUUACAACCGAGUCAUGUCCAACCACAGGAAUGUAACCAAACCAAAAGAUGUCAAAUACAAAAGGAUAAAUAAAGCGAAAUCGAAAAGUUUAGAAGAAUUGAGAGGCAGACUAAAAAAUUGGGUAGAAAAAGGUAACAAGCUUUCUGGAAUCCCGUUAGAGCACGCACAGAGCUAUGCUUAAAUUUAAUUAAAGUUCCUUUUUAAAUAAAUUCUCUCUUUAAAAUGCAAGUGAAUAUUUUGCUCAUAGAUUUUGUGAAUUUGCUUUAUAGAGACUGUCAUUAGUUCUAUACAAAAUCAACUUACU